CCUAACACCUCCCCCCGACUGGUCGUCCACUACGACUCGGUGAGGAUGGGAUGCCGCUUCCCUCUCCAUCCCCUCUUGGUCGAACUUUGCAACCGCUACGCCAUACCUCCCGGUCAGAUUUCCUCGAACUCCCACGAGAGUCUUUUUGGCUUCUUGGCGCGGUGUCACAAGAGAGGCAUCCAACCCACUCUGAAGCUCUUCCUCUCUUUCUUCCGUCCCCACAAGUAUGAUGGCGAGUUGGGCCGGGGGUUCGUGAGCUUCACGGCCCGGACCGAUAUGCAAUUUUUGGAUAGCCCGGUCGACAAACUUGACGAUUGGUUCCGCCGCUUCUUCGUGGUGGUAGUUCCCGAAGAUCUUCCCUUCCCCAACGUGUGGCGGAAGAAGGAAGAUAAGUUCCCUUCUCACCUUUUUCCCCCUCGCGACUCGGAGCUCGAGGGGGUCUUCCGUCUUCUUCGCAAGAACGGCCAUCCGGUCCCCCGCGCGCUCCUCCUCAAGGACUCGUAUUUUCGGGGUCUCGGAUUCUGGGUGUCUCCCGAUAUUCCUCCUCAAGAGCCGUCGGGAGACACAACUUCCUCUUGGGUUCCUCCUUUCAGGAGCACUCGACUCCGUCGGCGAUCUUCUCGAAGGGAUCCUUCUCCGGAGGAGGACACCGAGGCCGAAGAAGUAGGGUCCGCGACGGGGGCCCUAUCUCUGGCGCUUGCCGACCAACCUCCCCUUUCGGAAGAGGUGGUGGUUGAGGACGUCUCCGAAGAUGAUGGCCUCUACGACUUUCCUCCGGGGACCCUGAGGGUGUCCGGCCUUAUCCCCGGCGUUCCUCACACUCCUCUCUUUGGCAGGGGAACUUCUUCUUCGGCUCAGCCCAUGGGCCCACUAGGUUUCCACCCCCAAACCAGUGGGCCCCUUCCGACAGGGCGCGCCACUGGUUCGCAAGGGUCCCUUGAGCCGCCUCACGUUCAGGUGGCCGGGAUUGGGAUUCCGUGUAGCACGGAAUCUCCUUGGGAAUAUUCCCCCUCCUCUGGCUGUGGGGGGGACGAAGCAAUUUCCCAGCCCCAAACGUCCAAUAUCCUUUAUUUUGCAAAUUCUGCGGCGGAGAAUAUUUUUGGGACUCCCUUUGGUCAUGGUGACGUUCCUCUCCCCGGAACAAAUAUCCAUCAGUCUUUUCUGGAGACGGAGGAGUUAAUUCGGUCCUCCAGUUUUGGGAAGGCCACUGUCCCAUCCUCCAUCCGUCCCACUGCCAUCCCCGGUCCCUCAAUUCAGGAGACCGGGUCUUCCUCUUCUUCUCAGGAGGCUCAUCCAAGUUGUACCUGGACCGGAUAUCUCAAGGACAGGGACCGCCUCUUCCCAAACAGGACAGAUCCUUUCGUGCUGCCUUACCAUACCCUCCAUGUGGACGGGAAUGGUCCUGCAUAAUUUGGCAAACAUAUCCGCCUCUUCAUUCUCCUCUCUUGGAACAUAUAUGAGUUCAUAGGACUCAAAUUGUCCAAGUAGAGUCCUGGCGCAGUCCCUGUAUCU